AUGUCCCGCGCCGCGCUCUCCCGCUCCGGGUCCAGGCGGACCUCCCCAGAGUUCCAAAACUCAUCCGCCUUUCGAACCCAUUCCUCCGUGGCCAGACAAUACUCGCCGGGAGAUAGCUCUGACGACGAAGUCCCCGAACCGAAAUUCAGCGCGUCCGUCAAGGCCCUGCUUGAUGAAGAUGGACUAGAUGUGUCCCCACGGCUUCGCGGCGAGCGCAUGGGAUCAUCGGCUAGCUCCAGCCAGGAAAGACGAUCUCGAGCAACGCCUCCUCAAAGCAAUUCGACCGGAAGCCCUGCGCCUCGCGUGGUUCGCAUUGCACCAUCAUUAAGCGGCAGCGGCGGCAGAUCAAGAAGGGAGGGAUCACUCCUGUCCAACAGCGAAAGUGCCGACCAGGACGCAAGAACCAAUUCGAAUGAUUUCAUUACGCCCGCCCCAAGGCCACGCAGUGUGCGGAUCAAUGCAUCGCGUAGCCAUACACGCUCACCCGCAUCCGUAUCCCCCUCUCAGAGACGCUCUGCUGAAAGGAGCUAUGUCGACGAGCACGGAAGUGCGGAACGUUCAGAAGAUGAAAGGAAGUAUAGGUAUGAGGAUGACUACGCUCCUCGCACCGGUCCUUCAUCGGUAUUACGAACGCGAAAUCCGGAGGAUAUCGGCAUGGCGAGCUCAUUGCGCGUCAAGAGGGUCGGACGACUCACUGGAACGUUCUUGAACGGUCCCGCAAGACGUGGUGUAUUACGACGACAGAGUGAAGAGAAUAAUGAAGACCAAGAGCUCGACCCGAAUAUCGAUAGCGCCGACUACCACUAUAAGAAUACAGCGAAAUCUUCGUCACCCAAAGUAUCAUGGGCCGAUCCAAGCCCACCACUCAGAACCGACGAGCACCGAUCCUAUGAUCGUGCAGAUGGACCCUUUUCUAGAUCAUCCUCUCCGAAAUCCUAUGGAUCGCACUCGAAAUCAACACCUGGGUCUUCUUCAGAAAUGUCCUCCAAACCCUCAAGUUCGCAGGAACAGCCUGUGUUCAAAGUCCCUCUUCCGCCUACAUUGCCUUCGUCUAGAGACCAGGAGAAUGAGCCUCCACCGACGUUCAAGCGCACCAAGCCUCAGGGUUUCAACUUGCUGGACAAGCCUGAGAAGCUUGCUGUGGUGUAUGGGGAUGAGAAGAAAGAGCAUGGGGAGACACCUGCAGGGAACGGGAACUCCCCUAGAAAGAUACUUGCAACAAGAAGUAAUAACACCCCUCACAGGCCGGCCCCUCCUCCUCCUAAGAUGUCCGUUCUUGAGACCGCCACCGCGACAGGAGGAGCUGCUACGGCAUCACAGUCACGGAAAAAGCGCAGUCAAGUUUCGGUCAACCACAAGCCCUUCACCCGGCUGGACUGCAUCGGUCGUGGUGGGAGUUCGAGAGUCUACCGCGUCAUGGCUGAAAACUAUAAGAUAUUUGCCCUGAAGAGGGUAAAUCUGGAGGACGUCGAUCCAACAACCCUAGCUGGAUACAAGGGUGAAAUUGACUUGCUGAAGAAAUUGGAGAACCUUGAUCGUGUCGUCCGCUUAUUCGAUUGGGAGCUGAACUCGGACAAACAUACUCUGAGUGUCUUAAUGGAAAUUGGAGAGUCAGAUCUAGAGAAGAUCCUUACCUACCGACUGAACGCUGAAGACGCGAGAUUCGACAUCAACUUUACCCGAUACUACUGGAAGGAGAUGCUCGAGUGUGUCCAAGCUGUACACGAUCACAACAUUGUCCACUCUGAUCUGAAACCGGCGAACUUCCUCCUGGUUCAGGGCCGAUUGAAACUUAUCGAUUUCGGCAUUGCGAACGCCAUCCAAGAUAACACUGUAAAUGUGCACCGUGAACAGCAGGUGGGGACUCCGAAUUACAUGUCCCCCGAGGCCUUAGUCGACUCCAACGCUUCUCUCGGCCUGCCAGCAAGUGUCGGAAAGAUGAUGAAGCUAGGCAAGCCAAGUGACGUAUGGAGUUUGGGAUGCAUUCUCUAUAAGAUGGUGUACGGCCAGCCUCCGUUUGCCAAAAUCGCCAAAUACUACGAACGCAUCCUAGCCAUCCCUAAUCCCCACGUGAAGAUUGACUUCCCAGCAUUCGGCGUAGGGGGCGUCCCCGUACCUCCUGGUCUAGUCCGAACGCUGAAGCGCUGUCUCCAGCGCGAUCAAACUUUACGUCCAACCGUGGAAGAGCUUCUCGGCCAGCGCGAUCCAUUCCUCUACCCAGACGCGCAGCUCGAAGGUGCUGUCCCAGUCACACAGGACAUGCUGAACCGAAUCCUAGUGAACGUGGUCAACCACUGCCGUGUCCGUGGUAUCCCCAAGGACGAAGAACUAGCCGCUUGGCCCGCCGGAUUCUUCGCUAAAAUCAAAGCUGCACUAGAAGAAGGCAGCUAG